GUCCCGCGGCGGUGUCUCGGCAGCCGCGCCCGCCCGUCCGCGCGUGUGCGGAGCGGCACCGGUAGAGCCGCGGCCCGGGCGCGCCCGGCUCCGUCACGGCAGACUCGCUGCAUCACCGCUGUCCCCGCAGGCAAAGGCGAGCCCUCGGGCCGAGGGCGGGGCUGAUCGCGGCCCGGCUGAGCUCCGUGAUCCGUGUGCGGCGCAUCCUCCCGGCUCUCCGGUGAUUCCCUGGUGUUAAAUUCUAGCUACAGUAUCUCAGAAAAUACAGCUUCAGCAAUGUCAUCACCCGGCAGCCCUUGCCCACACUUGGAAUCAGUUGGUGAGAUAACAAAGGAGGAAUUGAUACAGAAAUCUCAUGGCACUUGUCAGGACUGUAAAGUCAGAGGACCCAACCUUUGGGCAUGCUUAGAGAACAGAUGUACAUAUGUUGGCUGUGGUGAAUCCCAUGUUGAUCACAGUACCACCCAUUCCCAGGAGACAAAGCACUGUCUAACUGUCAACCUUACUACGCUCCGUGUUUGGUGUUAUGCCUGUAGUAAGGAAGUGUUCCUGGAUAGAAAAUUUGGAUCUCAUUCUCCACUACCAAAUGCAAGAUUGUCUCACCAAGCACAAGAAAACAGUGUGCAGGAUUUUAAAAUACCCAGUAAUCCCACACUGAAGAUCCCAUUAGCAGCUGUAUUUGAUGACUUGGAUAUAGAAGUUGAAGAAGAUGAAUUGAAGACCAGAG